AUGGAGAGGGACAGCGGCGACGUCCCCAUGCCGGACGUAGUCGUGCCCCGGCCACCGCCUUCUGAGGAAGCGCGGGACAAGCAGCCGGCUGACCCACCGGCGCCACCAGCCAGAGACGAGAUGGCGACGGACCCAACUCCUGACGUACGUACCCCGACGCAUCGCCGGCUUGCAAAGGCGGCCUCGGCGCCACGCCCGCUGGAGGCUGGCGUCGCAAGCUCCUCGAUCCCGGACACCGAGGCGACCAGCGCCGCGCCCACUGGGUGGGUGCGGGGAGGCGGGACGGGCCCUCUGAACAAGGCGAUCCUGGACGUUCAAGCCAAAAUCCGCGCCGAGGCCGACGCUAUCAAGCACAACAACAAGGCGUUCCUGGCAUCGCGAGAGGCCAUCCGGGAUUAUCAUAACCUCCGUGCGGCCGCCUUUAACUUCAAAGUCCAGGAGUUGGAUCAACGUGCCGUCGACUUGUCGGAGAGCCGGAAGGCCAACGCCGCCCUGCAACAGCAGCUGGGCGAAGCCGACACCGCGCUGCGCGCUAAGGAGGUGGAGUGCGGCAAGUUGGCUGAAGAACGUGACCGGCUGGUCAUGCAACUAGUGGAGCAGGCAGAGCUUCUCAAGAAGGCCCAGAAGGAGGCGGAGGACAAGGAGGCCAGCCUCCUUGCUGAGCUCGCGACCGAACGCUCCGCCUGGACCGACAAGGAGGCGAUGCUGACUUCCGACUUUCACGAGAUUGAAGACAUAGUUGAUGACUUCUUCCCUGGUCAUUCUGACGCCGCCAAUCAGGCCAUUGAAGCUGAUCGUGAAGGACGGAGGGCGGAAGGCGCACAGAUCGCUGCCGGCGCCCCCCGAACCCUUAGCGAGCAGCUCCUGAGCAUAGAGGAGGCCCAGGAGGAGCUGGUGGCCAUGGAAGAUGACCUUGUCAAGCGUGCGGCGGCGAUCGCCGAGUACACCAACAACAGCGUCUUCAUCCCGGAGCAGGCCGAGAACGGCGUCGAGGCGCCGCCAGAAUGCUGUGGAAUAGUCGACUAG